UACUGCAAGCAUUACAGUUCAAUCGCAAUUCUUAUUUUUCCUUUUUAUUAAAGAAUUGUUUAGGCGCCCGUUUGAAAUUUGAGAAAUUAGAAAAUCUUACCCGUGAUAAACGAACAAGUUCUUCCUGUUGGACCAAGCAGACGCUUCGAUGGACUCCGUUGAUCAAGGUUUCCCAUGGCGUUUUCGAGGCGAAGGUAAUUCGUCCGUAGUUUUAUAUUCCGAAGUGACUCCGCUGGUUUUGCGUUUGCGUAAAGUUCUUUUGAAUCGUCCCACUGCAAUGUGUGAACUGGAAAAGCACACGCUACGUGGGAUUGUGGAGUAUGUGGAAUUUGUGAUAGCACCUCUGGUCUCUUCUCCGAAAUGGAUUCCGAAAAUGACGGUAGUUGAGCUAAGAGAUCGCUUGGUGGAAGUUUUGAAAAGGGUUCAACUUGAACGCAAUCCUUUGAGGGUGCGAGAUAACCAAGCCUUCCAUGACGAAGCUUUAUUGAUGCCUGAUCUGGCAUUUCUCCCUAAGAGUACGGAUUGUGAUGUUACCACCUGUUUUUCUGUGGAACUGAAACCCAAAGAGGGCAUCAUGCCUAUUGAUGUCCGUGCGCAUCCCAUCCGCCGGAAGUACAGCAAGUACGCUUUGAAGCAGCUCAUGAAAGCCGAAGAAGGUCUCAUCACGGGUGUGAAUAACUAUGAUCCUAUGGAUUUGUUUUCCGGUGAUACGACUUUGAUGCGCAAGGCAUUAUAUCAUCUUAUCUCAAAUCCCCAGAAUAAUCUAAGGGUUUUUGUGAACGGAUUGUUAGCUUUCGGAUCCGAUAGCUUUGGCUCCACCAAUUUGGAAAGUGUAAUGCGGCCGCUUUUACCGGACAGUGGCGAUGAAAGUGUUGGCUCUUUUGUGGACUUGGUCUUGGACGCUUUGAACUUUUCCCACGAAAAGUGCCCUUCGGUCUUAUCCGGACUGUGGGGAGCUCAAGCGCUUUGCGAGAUAGAUAUAGAACCACUAUAUUCGCAAUAUCUGCAACUGUGUCGAUUAUUCAACGAACGAAGAAAUGUACGAAAGAAUCUUGGAGUUGAUGGUCCAUAUUAUAGAACGGCUCCGUUUUGGACCGGCAUUGGUUUAGCGUCGUUUGAUCUUUCCGAUGACGACAUAAAUGCUAUAACAAACUGCAGGAAAUAUUUGGCAUCAGCUACGCUGAAAGAUUGUUCCGUUUUUGUGACAUUUAAACUGGUUGAAUGUGAUUUACCUAGCGAAUUACCUGUGAUUACUUCGAAGCAUGGCUCAAAGUUUGCCUUUCAUGCCACAUUGGUCGAUUUGGAUCCUAAGCCUUUUGAAAGAAUUGAACGACAUUAUUUUGAAGCUAAAAAAUUAAUAAACAUUGCUGAACGGCUGGGGUUACAAUAACCAGUCGAUUUCAGUUUUCUUAAAACUUUUUUACAAGUACUUGAUAAUUGAUUGACUUUUUUUGCAGACAAGAUUAUUUUGUGCGAUUUGUGAUGUACCUAGAAGUGAUUAAAGUUACAAAUUUGUCUUA